CGCCACCACCUCCAUCCAAUCCCCACCACCCUGCUGUUGCCACACCACCUACCACAGCUACUGCUCACGCCUGUUUGCCGCCUUCCACUCGCCGUCCUUAUCAGCUUAUCGGAGGUCGCCCAUCAUCUCACUUGCACCAAAUCAACAAACAAUCCAGAGGCUCUGGAACCGUUAGUACCAGCGCGAAACGGCUUCCCCAGUCAAGCCCGCCCGCCAUACCACGGUACUACGCCCCCCAGCCUCCUGCUGUGCCCCAAACAGCCGUGAACCAGCCGUUGUGACCCCAGCGGCUCUCACUCCCUAAGUGGCUCACCACUUUAGUGUUCAUACAAAAGUUGCAAAUAGCGCGGAUGCACAGUCUCUUCGAUCUAACUACACACUUAGACGCCCAGGAAAGGUUCGUGUAUCAGAUUAUCCCGGAACUCGCCCAGCUCGACCAGCCAAUCAACCUCAACAAUGUCAGACAGUUUGACGAGCUUCUCUCGCAUUACGAAACCAGCUUCAACACCAACGCGUGGCUCGCCUCCAACGACCCCAUCAACCUGGUGCUACCAUCCUACAAUGUGCUCCGAAUCGUGUUCACGCUAGCAGCUCGCAGUCCUAACACCAACUGGAGCACCAAGCACUUCACCAUGGCGGGAAUCGCUCCCAGCAACGACUAUGUCAAGAGCUUGAACGAAGACUACGAUAACUCGGUGCUCCGCGCCCCCCUCAACAAGCGCAGCGUUUGGCUUUUAGGAAAGUACCGUGACAUCCUUGUCAUGGACUCCCAUCUGGACCCCAUAGUCCAGCUCUUGUAUAAGAAGGUUCUUGUUGUUCUAGGAGACUUCAUCUACCAGUCCAGAGUUGUCAAAAGAGUCUCCACGUACUCGGGCCCCAUCAUCAAAAAGAGGCUUACACAAGCAUCGCCCACCAAGCAGCUCAAGAUCACCAAUUUCUUCCAAAAGUCUCCCAGCAAGCCAGAGAUUGUGGAUGACCUAACCGAAACGGACCUCAUCAGCGAUUCCGAGAAUGAGGCUACUGUUCUCGAAACAGCACCAAAUAUGGAAGACGAGCUAUUCAAGUUCCAGGCAUCUCCCCAAAAAAGCUUCUUACUAGAACCAAACAAGGAUAUCUCUGGCUUGAACGGCUCAUUUCGAUUGUUGGAUUCUCUAACAUCUAAUAGCGAUGCACAGGAAGUCGACAAACCUUCCAAACAAUCAAAACCUGAAGAUAUGACUAAAGAUUCACCGUUACAUAAAUGGGAGAACAUUAAACUAUACGACGACGAUCUUUUAGGAAAGAAAUUGAAUCCAAAAUUAAAUUUGCAGUUCAAUUUUUGGCUCUUAAUGAAUUGGGCUUUCUACUGUGCCGAUCAAUCUUCCAAAUACAAUAACAGCCAUCUUAACUCAUCAUUCACUUCAUAUCACAUUAUUUAUUCAACGUACAGUGACUUGUUUAGAGUCAUGUACGAUAUCAUUGCAUUCAACUUUUUUCACACCAUCAGGACUCACACCCAUAUCCAAGAUAAUCUAGAUGAUCUGUCUCAGGAUAUCAUGAUGUGUUUUUUCAGGAGCUCGAAAAGCUCGAGAACACUUGUAUUAUACCAUUUGGAAGACUCUUCCUUUUUACUUUAUUGCAUGCUAACUCAAUUGAGUUCAAGUCCAAUCGAUUGGUACGAUCGUUUAGUUGAAUAUCUAUUGAAUGGUUUAGGUAUCAGAAGCAACGUAACACCUGCUUCUUGUUAUAAUCGAGAAAGAAUCAUAAUUAAGGGAGACAAUGCUACGAAGGAAAAAUUUAUAAUCCCCCCAAACUGGAAACCUAACGAAUAUGACGAUAACAUUGAUUCAAUGAGCAUCCGUUUCAAUUUUUUGUCACUUAUCUACUACAGAUCUUUGUUCUAUUCAAGCGGAUCGCUUUUGGGAUUUGAACGUUUGACUGCAACUUCACAAAACCUGACACACCUCAAUUCUCGAAGCUUGGUAUGUGAAUUGAGCCGCAAAUUUGAAGUCAUUGAUGUCAAAUACUUGAAAGAAUUUUUUGCAUGUGGCCGAAUUGAAAAUAAGUUUGUACCUCAAUUCUAUAACAUUUCAAUGUUGGUAGAACUUUCACAAACUUUAUUAUUGGAUAUCACCAAGGUAGUGGACUAUGAUCUGUUCAUCUUGAGGAGGAACUAUGGAAGUAACAGUAAUUUCUUGAGAGAUGAAGAGGUUGAAGAUAGUGAUGAAGUCACGGAAAUACUAGACAACGUGAUUGAGAUACCUGAUGAAAGCGAGACUGAAGCUAUUUCAGACGAGCCAUUACCAAAACAGAAACCUUCCCAGGUCACCCCUUGGCAAUUUACGAACAUGUUUAGUAUUUUGGAAGCACUCGGAAAGCCUGAAUGCUACCUUCCUAUUGUCGAAGACGAAACCUACAAAUCCUUGGAUCAAUUUGAACAGUGCUGGUGGAAGGUUAACUUUUUGUUAGAAUGGUUACUAGACUUGAGCUUUGAAGACUUGGAAGAUUUUCUCAGGAAGGACCCGCCCCAAGAUAUCAGACUUAGUGGCAUUGAAGAGAAGUGUGUUCAUGCUGAUUCUUUGAGGGAACUGAUAUUCAAGGGUUACUUGGAUACCGUCAGAUCAAGUGACAAGAAAUCGGAACUUAUGUCCUCAAUACAGAACUGGACAAAAUUUAAAGACAUUUACGAAAUAAGAAUCCAUACGUUAGAUUAGUAGUAGUACACGUCAAAGGUUAAUCUGAUUAAGUAGCAGAGUCCAUAAGUUAGAUCAUAGUACACGUCAAAGGGAACUUUGAGUAGGUAGCGGAAAGAAUUUCCAUAUUACGCACGUGACGCGUGGAAUUUCAUCUACCGUGUCAGUCUACAAGCAUGAAAUCACCGCCAGCAAGGCUGGCGCACGUAUACUUAUAGUGAGGAUACCCCCAUGAAACAAUCGAUGCUUCAAAUGAUGUGCUUGACCUUGAAGUAGUGUCUCAAGUACUGGAUUUGCCAAGCACCCAAGCCGAUCAAGGAAAUAAUCACAAUGGUGGAGAAAUACUUGACUCUAUCGUUGGUGGAUUCGUUGGUGUCUCUCAUUCUCUCUUCUCUUCUCUUCAAGUAUUGCAAUUCCUCAUAGAUUUCUGCGGUCAAGUCUUCGAUUC